AUGCUUCUUGUUUCUAUACAUGAAGGAAAGCCCUCAGUCACUAAGAAGCGAGCAAACCUUUUCUUUCCUCCCGGCAUUCAAGAUGAUUUUCCACUUACCAUGCAGAUUUCUUACACUUUAGAUCUUCUGAACACAUCUUUGGCAUCCAAUUGGCUUUUGCUGGUUCAGCCCUUGGCCCUUCUACAUCCAUCCGAGGAGCACGAGGGUGCCUCUAUGAAAAGCUUGGACUCUGGUCCUUAUGUUAAACUUGAAAAUGGAUCUACCAUUGAAGCAAAUUUGAGGAUGGAAAGUAAAAGGGUGCAAUUGUAUGACUACAGAUGUUCCAGCAUUGUAGAGGGUGUUAUGUAUGAGUUUCAAAAAGGGGUUAAAAGUUUCAAAAUUGAUGAUGGCCAAAAUACUGGUUAUGAAGGAGAAAAGAUUUCACUAGAAAAAGCUGCAUAACCAGAAGUUAUAAUGGCUGAAAAGACUUCAGAGCAACUCACUUUAUUUGCAUCUUAUCAAGCAAAAAUCGAGGCACAUAAGCAGUUAGAGAUGUAAAAGUCAGUUAAAAAGGCCUUAGAGGAA